AUGGGACAUGAGAGCGUGGUCCGCUUACUGUGUGAAGCCGGCGCGGAAACGGACUUCGCGGACGACUUGGGCAAGACUGCUCUGCACCAUGCCUCUGCCCAGGGCCACAUCGAGAUUGCAUGCUUGCUGUUGCAAGCUGGGGUGACCUUGGACUUGAUGGACUGCCAGGGCAAGACGGCCCUGAUGCACGCAUCUGAGUGCGGAUAUGCUGAAAUUGCGCAUCUGCUGUUGGAAUGCGGGGCGGGGAAAGACUUGCUGGACGCGGACGGGGGCACUGCUCUGAUUCGCGCAUCCAGCCUUGGGCGCCAAGAGGUGGUGCACGUGCUGCUCCAAGCCGGUGCAGACGCGGACUGCACGGACAAACUCGGCAAGACCGCUCUGGUUCAUGCAUUUGAGAAUCGCCACGAGGAGGUGGUGCAGCUGCUGCUGUAUGGCGGCGCGGACUUUAAGGACUUGCUUGGCGCGAGUCACAGCAGCAGCAGCACUAGCUCAUGCAAGCGCAACUGCAAGUGGACAGUUUAA